AUGUAUGCUGGACGCCGACAACAGGUAAAACGAAGGGAGCGAGUAGAGUUAUACCACGGACGUUUAGGCCCGGGAAGACGCAGGGGAAAGGUGAAGGUGCAGCUGAUCCCAUAUACCCCAACCCGAGGGAGACAGUCUCUUUCACCUCGCAAGACGUCGAGGUCCACGGGGAAAGCCUCAACGGCCCAUAGAAGGGAGAGUACAGUGCCCUUCCCCUCUAACGAUGGCGAGUUCAUUCCUUUCAAUGCCGACAACGAUCUGGGAACCACAUCCAAGACAUCACACGACUACAUGAAAGAGUGGAUCCCAAAGCAGAAACUUUACCUGUAUGAACUUCUAGAGCAGCAAGGCCUUCCAGAGACCACCUGCUUCCUCCCUGCCUGGCUUUGGCAAACUGGGCUCGCUCUUUCCCUGUGCUCUUCCGGCGCCUGCCAAGCAUUGCCAUCUACGCUGUGCUCUGACGACUUCGACUGGUUCGACGACGACGACCUGACCUUCGGCGCCAAGCCCUCGAGGCGUGCUCUAGGUAGUGCUAAAGUUGUCGCGAUAGCUCACACUACAGGCAUCCACCACUUGCCAGUUCACUUCUGUCGCUGCCUUGACGCACCUUCGGAUGAAAGGCAGCUUCUGCGCCACGGACUUUACCCCUCGUCGUUCCAAGACAUCCGCACCGCGUUUACUUUCUCCAUAUUGGAUGACUAUCUCCUCCAAACCCUGGAAUGUUUUACAUCCACCCAUCAUUACUACUCCAAACUGCGGCGCACCACUAAUAAGUUUUUUCCCAACUCCGUCCCUGACCGCACCCGCGAACUCAGAAGGGUCGGGCGUCAAUGGCGACGACUCAAGGAACUUAAGCGAUUCGGGUUCGGACACACCAACAGGAACCCAGGAAAGGGGGAGAUGGCCCUUUUCUGUGCGGCCUGUCCGCAACCCGGCAUCAAUCUUCCAGAUAAUUGGAGAGAGGACCCCGAGGAAUGGAAAUACCAGCGAAGUUUGGUGGCCGACGGCAACUUCGUGUGUGUUCAUCGGAAACAAAAGGACCAAGGAGAGGAUGUAUACCUGAAGGAUGGAGAGGGAUUUAUGACAGAGAGUACCCGUUACAGAAAACAUCUGGAAUCCACGGAGGAACAUAAAGAGCCUCAAACCUGUCAUGAACAUCGAGCAAUCGCGGAUAAGAGCAAGGUUCACAAGGGAUGUGAUGUGACCGGCGUUGGAGCUUACGCGUGCAUGAGACAUGGUUGCUUCGUCCCUGGCAGCGUCGUCGAUUUCCAGAAGGGAGAGAGACAAGUCAACAUGGACUACGGGUUCUGUGAAGCCCUCAAGACAACACACGUGGAGGAACUUUCCAAAGUGCUCUUGGUAUACGAUGUCAACUGCCAAUACUGCAAAAACCUACGGAAACGGAUUGACAAGGGAGACUAUCUCUCUAUUGACAACAGAUUAGACAUAACCUUUGGAAUCGGCACAUUCCAUGUGCACGGACAUCAAGACACCUGCUUUGCGCGAUACGCUCUCACAUUCAUCAAAGGGGCAGGAAUGUCGGCGGGGGAAAUCUUGGAGUCACUCUGGGCUGUUGUCAACGAGGCUGCAGGAUCUACGUCGAUGAUGACAAUCCCAGCCCGAGCAGAGGGAUUGGACGCGGUGAUGGGGGAUAGCAAUUGGAAGAAAUUGGUAAACUUAGUGUUCAUCUCAGUUACUAGCAUAACCAAGAACUGGGAGAAAAGUCGACAUGAGCUUGCUAGUGCACAAGAAGAUUUCGAACUGCUGAAUGAGACGGCAUCGAUGUCUCAGCGACGGCUAUGGGAUGCACAAUUGAAUCGCGCGCAAAUGGAGAGGAACCACGAUAUUUCCGCAAUGGAUAUCCUGAACGUCAAGUUGAACAAACCACCGACGAGAGCCAAGGUGCAACACGACUUGAUGGCCGCGGAGCAACGGGAAAACACAGGGAUAGGCGUGACCUCUUGGCUUACGUCUGGAAUGAAGAUCCAGGAUCUGCAGGAGAACCUGCGAUUAUUUCUAGCCGGAUUGCCAAGGGAGUCCCUACGCACCGAUCAACAAAACCUGGAGCUGGCCAAGAGAAGGGAACAUAUCCAGGCUGAGGUCAAUUCCUUUUACGAAACCGGCACCAUCCUCUUUCCCGAUGUCGAUUUUUACGAACUCCAGUGUGCCCAGCCCCCCAACGACAGGGUUGAGAUCGAGGGGGAUGAUGAAGGAAACCGCCAAGACCCUGGCGACAAUCCAUUUUCAUUAUCCAAUAACGAAGCAGAAGACGUGGACGUACCGUUGCCAUCCUCAUUCGAGGUUCUCCCUUCAGGGUUGAAGGGUGCUGCCGGUAAGGAAGUGCAAUUGCGAUGUGCACAGGCAGACGAUGCUCUGGAACAGAUCAGAACCGAGAUUGGACACAAGUCAUACCUUUACCGAUCCAAUAUUCGCUUGGCCGAGGGGAAACAGCAACGACUGCGAGGGUACUCAGCGGUCAAGUCGGUGGAUCGAGCCCUGCGACUUCACCUCAAAUCGUAUAAUCGGGCCCGCUGGGCGCUUAACUGUCUUGGCGCCACGCGGGAAAUCCUUGACAAGUAUCGGCCAAUUACGAAGGGGGAUACCAAAGCGAUAACGGCUGUAUACAAACCCAAUGCAAGUGGGCAAAGAAACACCCCCCUGUCAUGGAUAUGGACAAUGGACGUCGAAGGGGAUUCCGCAAACUCGGAGUACCUAGAGGAGUUGUACCGUGUAAAUUGGCUGAGAGCUAAGUCUCGGGCGGAGAGGUGGCGAGAGGAACACCUGCUUCUGACUUCCGAGAUGGAUUGGGUCGUUAAUUUUUUCUUCUUCAAGGAGGAUGAAUGCAAGGCCUGGGCCACGAUCACUCGUGGACUGCCAGGACAUCGCGCGUACGCCAACCGCCAAGCCAAUGUCUGGAGGCUCAUGGCUGUACACGCCGAGAAGGCGUUUGCCAAUGUCAAGAGAUCGUCUGGGGGUUAG